UGUCUUUUCCUUUAGCUUCUUCCCCCUUUAGUUUCUUAAGCACUUCUUCACAUUCCCUAUUGAGAAGCUAUUUCCAUGGCCACCGUUGAGACCGUAUCUCCGAAUGCCGUUCUCUUAGAAGAUACGACGAUUGUUAAAGAGACGAACGCAAAAGAAGAAGUUGAGGAACAAUCGUCACCAAACAUCACAUCAAAAGAGAAGGUAGAGGAAAAAGAAGAGAGUGUUAAAGUUGAAGUUGUUGAUGAAAGAUCGUCAGAUGAUUAUUCAGAAGCCGUUGUUUCAAAUGAAAAAGUUGAAGCAACGGCUGAUCAAGAGGAGGAGGAGGAGGAGGAAGAAGAUGAGGUUGUUAUCCUAACAGAUGAUGACGAGGUCGAGGAAUAUUUAGAAUCUAAAGAAGCUGCAGGAGUAGCCAAGGAAGAAAACGACAAACCCGACGAGCCAUCAGUCGUAGCGGAAGCCAAAGCUUUAGUAUCAGAGGAGGCAGAGGAAAAAGAUGAGAAGAAAGAAGCACGAGAGGAGAAGAAAGAGUAAGGAAAUAUGGGAAGAAAUUAGGCAAUAUGCAUGCGAUGGGAUGUAGAGUUGUGGGUUACGUUAAAAUAAUAUUUGUUAGUGUGUGGAAUGUCUGGAAGUCUGGAAUUACCCACCUAAAGAGUCUCUUGACACGUGUCAUUAUCGACGUGGCAAAUAAAGUGUUGGUUUGCUUUUGGUUGUGUAAUGCUAUAAGGGUAAGAUUGUGGGGUUUUGUCCCAUAAAUUUAAUUAUUAUAUAUGAGAUGUAUUUUGAUAAGGAGUGGGAACUGCUGGCAUGUUCAUCAAGAUGUAUAUUUUUUUAUAUUUUCAUGUUUGUUGGGGAAUGAGAUAUUGUAUUGUUGUAUCCCA